UAUUGUUCGAUUUACGAACUUUUAUUAAUAAUUUUUUUCUCAGUAUUCUUCAGUAAUAAGAAAACAUGAAUCAGAAAGUGAGCAUCAGAUGAAACGAUCAAAAGAAUCAAUAGACAGCAAAGUCAAAAGUUUAAUAAUUCAGAAACUAGUCAUCGGAGUUAUUUCUAAAUUACAAUCUUCGAUCGCUUUCAAACUAGACAAUAUUUCGGAUUAUAAAUUUCUGUUGAGUGAAUCGGAAAUGAUUAUAAUUUCGUCCAGUUCACCUUUUACCUAAUUGACGGAAAAAAUGUGUUUUGCAAAUUUUUUAUUCCAGACAUGCGCGCUAUUACGGCAAAACGCUAGGUCAUAGUGCGCGAUCUCGAAACUGGGCGAGGCCGAAGGGAUUAAAAUUCCAGUGUUGGGGCUUCAGACGCGAAAAGUUGAGGCAUUUAAGGGUUAGAGCUCGGUCCAUCCGGCGACAUAUACUUUUAUAAGUCUAUGUCCGGCGACUGCACGCCUUAUUCUAUACGCACGUUGAACGCGCAUGUAGGUUUAGAUAUAUAGAAGGGAAAACGCAACACGCUGCACGCAAUACCGCGCGAAUCAAUAGUGUACAUUCAUACAAAUAUCACAGGUAUAUCCGCACUUUCGACCUUUCGACAACCACACCUCUCGCUUCAACCGGCAACUUUCGCCCAAUACUCAUUACGUAUUUCUGGAGUUCUACAUCUCUCCACGGAUGAAUAGAUAUUUAUACAGAUAUAAAUAGAUAUUUAAACAGUUAUAAAUAGCGCAUGUACAGCUUAGUGCGAGAUACGUGCUGCGUUUCACAAAAGAUAUUUUUAGCGUAAAAAGAAUCCCCGAAAGAUAAAUAUAUAACACUAAGGAUGGAAGUUAAAGGUCGCGUGGCCCUUGUGACCGGGGCAGCUUCCGGUAUCGGUAAAGCUUAUGCCGAAGAGCUUCUCGAUCAUGGAGCCAAGGUAUCGAUAUGCGACAUCAACGUCGAGGAUGGCGAGAAGUUGGUUGAGAGUCUAGCUGCACGACAUGGAAAAGACCGUGUAAUAUUUUGUUCAUGUGACGUAACUGAUUACCCACAAUUUGAAGAAUCUUUUCGUACUACGAUCGCAACUUUUGGGCGACUCGACAUAGUCAUAAACAAUGCAGGGAUUAUGAACGAUCGGUUUUGGGAACUGGAAGUCGACAUCAAUCUUAAUGGUGUGAUCCGCGGUACGCUACUCGCUCAACGUUUUCUUGGAACAGACCGUGGUGGAAGAGGGGGCAUUGUCGUCAACACAGGAAGCAACGUUGGAAUCAACCCUUACGUCAGCGUCCCCAUUUAUUCGGCUACGAAGACAGCGAUUGUUGGCCUUACGAGGGCAUACGGAGAUCAGUAUCAUGUUGGACUGACCGGUAUCAAAGUAAUGGCGCUGUGCCCUAGUGCGACAGACACUCAUUUGGUACGUGACGUUGGAAAACAGUUGUUUUCAACACGUUAUGAGGAUGCUUGGUGUCGAGAUACAGCUGCCACAGUUCCUCAAAAAGCGGAACACGUUGCAAAGGCGUUAAUCCACGUGAUAAGCAUGGGAAAAAGUGGUAGCAUUUGGUAUGUGGAAAAUGGUCAGCCACCAUAUCAGCUUACGUUUGCUGAUCAUUAGAUCAGAUAUUAUUUGUUACUUACUAAAUAUCAUGGUAACUCAUGAAAGAUAAAGAUAAGCACAUUCUUAAAUGAUAGUAUACAUUUCGCCAUUUAAAUAAUAUAGAAAUAAGUAUAAACGCUUCGCGAGGGUGACCAUGUACAACUUCGAACAGGUAUUCUCUUACGCUUUGUCAAUAAUUCUAUUCUAAUCUUUUUAAAUUGUUUGUUAGAAUUGUUAAAUUUGUUGAAAAUUAUGUAGUCUUCGAUAUGGAUUACUUUAGUUAAAUUUUUCGGUUUCGAACAUGUCCUGCAUGUGAAGCAUCGCUUAUUUGUAUACAGCUGUGAAGCCACUGCAAUCACAUUUUAUAUAAACGUACAAAUUAUGGUAAAAUUAGCAGAAAAUAUGUUCAACUCUGUACUUUGAUUACAGUAGGUAUAAAAAAUUACGCAUCGCACUAUCAAUAGCAAUACAAUACAUAAUUACAAUUUGCGUAAUUUAGAGUUUGCAAUAAUUAUCACUCAUUUAUAAAAAAUAGUACUCUACGCCUGUACCAUGAGUGGGAAUCGAAAA